GGUGUCUCAUGCAAUAGAUGGAACCCGCGAUUGCAUCGACUGUCAACGCUGGAGAGACUUGCGCCAUGGAGACAGAGGACAUUGUGAAGGGUCUUGCAGAUGGCAGCAAGGAAGGGAUUUCGGUUGAGAUGAACACCACUGACUGUGCAGAUGUGUUGGCAACAAUAUAUGCACAUACUGCAGAGAUGAUGGGUGAUGGUGAUGAAUCAGACAAUGAUGCAGGAGGGAGCACUUGUGAGACGGAAAAGGUUGGGGAAGAGAGAGGAGAGGGAGGUAUGAGGAACAGGGAAAAUCAUGCAGGGUGUAUUGUUGAGGAUGAAAAUGUGGUCAAGACAUUAGCAGGAGAACAGUUCCCAUAUGACAUCAAUUGGGUGCCUGGUCGUGUUCAACUGGGUAUUGUUGGAGGAGUACCCUGCUUCGCGUUCAAAGUGGUUGGGACUUGGGUUCCAUUUCCUGUCCCAAAAACAAGCGCAUGGCGAAACGUGACUUUGUCAAUCGUGUUUGACAGAGUUAUAAGGUUGAACGAUGCGGCAAGAACUGGGGAGAAAGGGCAACAUGCAUUGAAAAUGUGGCGUGUUCUGGAGGCGAAGCGCGAGUUGAGUUUUAACGAUUUUUUGUACGACAGUUUUGAUUGCGGAACGUCAUGGGUGAUUGGUGGGAACGAUGCAGCAGCGAGAACGGUGUGCCCCGAGAAUGAUGCAAGGAGGGAUCCUAGGUGGGGUUUGGUGCCAUAUGAGAUCCCGAUUACAUGUGGCCGGGUGAGGAUGCAGAUGCGUGAUGCCAUGGGAAAUGUCUGGAACACGCAUUACAUCAAUGGCAGGUUCUCCUUUAGGCAUCUCAACAGGGAGGUGUCGGAAGAGGAGAAGAAGGCAAUGACAUGUCCCCCUCAUACUGCUGGGUGCUUUUUCCCGCCGCUUCGGAACCCUAUGGAGUUGGAGGUGGUGGACGGGAAACUGUUCUCUGGUGAGGAUGGUGCCACAUACACAGCUGUAAGAGGGCAGAAAGCCACGUAUGAUGGACUAUGGUCGCAGAUAUGGGACCAUGUCACAUUGAGGCGUGACGUUUUGACUGCCACGGACAUUGGGGCCCAUGUCAUCCCCGAGGGACAGUUGCAGCAGCAUAUGGCCCCUGAAAAGUAUGGCUAUCACGUCAAUUGGGUCCCGGGAUGUUUGCAUCCUGCAGUGGUUGAUGACAAGGUGACGAUGGCAGCAAAGCUGCAGUCAGGGCAGCACCGUUGCACGACCCUUCUUGGCUGGGUCCCAGUCGUAUGUCCCAUGACAUACGAGCAUGGUGGAGACGUCACCAUGACAUUCACAGACUUGCUUGGUGUGCCUUUCCAUCUGACCUACUCAGAUGGACUCCUGCGAGACAUUCGGUAUGCCGUGGAGAACGACUUGGCAGGUGGAUUGACGUGGAAGGGCAAGAGGACAAAGAAGCGCUCCGGAAUUUUUUGUUUGCCUGCUGAGGUGGAGGGCGCAUGUGGUCCUGGUGGCAGCGCAGGGUGCUCUGCAGCACAGGGGGACACGGCCGGCCCAAGUCACGCUGCGAUGUCCCAGAGCCCGAGGAAGAUGAAGAAGUGCGCGUCGAAACCGCCAACUAGGAAGACGGCUGCAGGCAAAAAGAAGAAGAGCCCGAAGCCUGUGCCAGCCACCGAUGACACUGCAGAUGCACGCAGUCAGCUCCACAGACGCCGUCGACGCCCCGAAAUGACAACUCUGGCGGAAAUCAGGAAGUUGCAACGAUCCACCGACCUCUGCUUGGCUUUCAGGCCAUUCUUGCGGAUCGUUCGCGAGGUUAUGGAGGAGACCAUUGCUCCUGGUGAGGGCAUGAGGUUUCAGAUAACGGCGGUGCGUGCUUUGAUGGAGGCUGCCGAGGCGUACCUGGUUGCCAAUUUCGAGAACACCAACGAGGUCGCGAUCCACUCGAAGAGGGUGACGAUCCAGGUCAAGGACAUGAGGUUGGUGGAUAGGUUGUCGAAGCCUCACUGGGUGGAGAAAUAUGAAGGUAUGUUGGGCGAGAGGGCAAGAGCAGAGGAGAGGCAGCGACGGAUGGAGGCCAGACAGGAGGAGACGGAUGGCAGCAGAGCGGGCGCGAAGAAGAGGAGAGCAGUGCCUCGUAAGGGGGGGGGCGCGAAAAAAAAGGCCGCUUGAGAAUUGUGCUGUGUGUGUCGCGUAAUGGUUGUCCCGUCUACUGCGUGUUAUGGCUAGUCUUCCUGGUGUUCGGUGGCUCAUAUG